UUUUAAUAGCUACAUAUGGUGUUUGAUAGGACAUUAAAAUGUACUUCAUAGAAAUCCAGGUCAAUUAGCCUAUUAUCUGAGUCCAAAAAUCAUUUUUAUUUUUAUGAGGAAUGUGGAUUGUGUGGAACUUUAUGCCAGUAAAUUUGAAAUAGUUUCCUCCUCAAAGGUAACCGUCAUAACAAUAGCACCUUCCUAAAGUCAUCAUGUUUCGAGGAUAUUAGUUUCUAUGGAAACAACAGGUAUGACUCAGAAUAGACAACAAACGCGAAGAGCUGUAACCACACAGAGUCCGGUUUGUUUUAAAGAAGGACCAAUGAAUAAACAGAUCUGGAUAGCAAAAGAAGAGUUAAAUAUGACGUACACAUUCACUGCGUCCACCAGCCGAAGAUUUGUGAACGGCGCGUGUCGUUUGACCCGGACGCGCGCCUGACGCUUUGAUUUAGCGAUGCUUUGAUUGCGCUGUGCAACGAUGAUGACGCGGGCCGUCCCCGUCAACACAUCUGGGAAGCAACCGGGCUUCUGUGAGGUCGGCUGCAUGAGCAGCAGCCCACGCGAUUGUCAUUACAUCACCUCCUAGGCUGACAACCGUUAAUUAUGACACAAACAUGUCCGUAGGCACCGGGUUUAACGGAAGCACGUUUUUUCACCGAUCAAGAUAAAGAGAAGGAGGAAGGCGCGUGACUGGCUCGCGCUCAUUGUGUUGUCGGUGAUGAUGUGAGGCGGGAUGCCAUGGCAGCGGCGGAUGUAGCAGCUAACGGGCCAGAGCCGCCCGGUACACCGGCAUCCGCGGCGUUUCCCUACGAGGAGUACGAGUGUAAAAUCUGCUACAACUAUUUCGACCUCGACCGUAGGGCGCCCAAAAUUUUGGAGUGCCUGCACACGUUUUGCGAGGAGUGCCUGCACGCGCUGCACUUGCGCGAGGAGCGGCCGUGGCGUAUCAGCUGCCCCGUGUGCCGUCACCGGACGCCCGUGCCAGACUAUCGGAUACAGAACCUGCCCAACAACACCAAGGUCACCGAGGACUUCCCUCUCUAUAUCGACUCGGACCCUUUGCCUCAAGAUGCGCUGCCGCCCCACCCGCCUCCCCUGCAUCCGGCGCUCGUGGCGCUCAGACGCGAGGAGGACGCGUCCAUGGCGGGACACGCGACGCCGUCCACCACGACGAUGUCCACCGCGACGACGCUGUCCCAAGACUCCGUCUCGCGCUACGAGAGUUGCCACAACUGUAGGCGGCUCGCGCUGACCGCUGGAUGCGUGUGCGUCAUCUUCUCUUUCCUUUCCAUGCUCGUGCUCUUGUUCAUGGGCCUGAUAUUCGUGCACAGCCACGGCGGGCCGCCCUCGCCCGCGGGACCGCUCUGCUUGUCUGUCGCGAGCAUCCUCGCCAUGGUCUCCGUGGUGGUUACGUGGCUCCUCUGCUGGCUCAAAUACAGACCGGAGCACGAGACCGGCCGCGCAUCGGCCACUUCCAACGCGAGCAGGAGAAACGCGUGACAGAAAUUAUUACUGUUCACGUGUGUGUGUGUGUGUGUGUGUGUGUGUGUGUGUGUGUGUGUGUGUGUGUGUGUGUGUGUGUGUGUGUGUGUGUGUGUGUGUGUGUGUUAGUGUUCGAGAGAAAUGGAGUUUCGCAAUGGCUGAUGACAAUACCGAUGUCUAGACAGCAGGGUCGCGGACAUAAUGCAGAUAAACAAUGGCUUCAAAAUUUAUUUGUACACUUGAGUCCAAUUUUCAAAAAAUGUGAGCAAGUAUUUGUUUUAAAGAGAGCACUUUUCAAGCAAAACAUUUCAGAAAUGAAAUGAGUUAGAAUUUAAAUAUUAAAACAACAAACAUACUAUUUAAAAUGUUAAGAAUACAGUAUUUGUCAAAUGUUAGUGGAUAUAGCCAUAUGUUACUCUGCUGGAAACGUGUGUGAACCUAACAUGUCCACCUCAAAAUAUGUUCAAAUAUUUUGUGAGGCCACGAUAUACAGUGGGAGCCAGAAAUCUGAGACCACUAAUGCUCCUUUUUUGUUGCCUUUUUUGCAAUUCCAUAAGGCAGUUUUCUUCACAUGAAUCAGAAAAUGAAUACCAUCUAAGUGUAAAUUAUAGCAUUUAUUGUUUUUAUGAUGUUUGAGAUUGUUCCAAAGAGCAUCUUUUGUGCAUCAGUUGAAGAAAGGUAAUCUUAAUUUUUUAUUCUGUUAACAUACUCAAUUUCACAUAUUUGCUCACAUUCCAGAAUUAGUGCAUUUAUUAUGAAUAUUUCUUUUUAUGGCUUAACUUUUCUGUUUCUAGGUCUCCUACUUUUAGUAGCCACUGUAUAUCAUGCAGUAUGCUAAAUUCCUAAUCUGAAAGGAAAUAAUUAUUUUACACCCAUAUACUUAAAAAGGCAGAGAAUAGGCUGAUAAUCUCCAAACGGCCUAAUAACGGCUGAUGAAUGGGUCUACCACCCGAUGGUAUAUCCUCUCGCUUAGGGCUGUGCAAUUAAUCGAAAAUUAAUUGUAAUCGUCAAUUUUGGCUUCAACAAUUACAAAAACAAAAUAAUCGAGUUAAAACGAUUAUUGUGCCACAUUCCAUUUUGCAAGGAUCCUCUCUUUUCUUGUGGUAUAAAUCCACAGCGCACCACUUUCCUUACAGUGGUUCAUCUGUGCUAUUUCUUUACAUUAAUUUUUCAGUUGAAUUCACAGUUUAAAAGUCAAGUUAUUUAUUUUCUAUGUUGUUUUAAAAGUUAAUGAGUAAUCGUGUUAAAUAAUCGGGAUCUCAAUAUUGGCCAAAAUAAUCGUGAUUAUGUUUUUUGUCAUAAUCGAGCAGCCCUACUCUCGCUGUAUUUUAUGCCAUUCAGCCUGUGAAAAAAAGGCCCUUUUGUUCAUAUGGAGCAAUAGCUUUAAUAUGAAACUGUGUUUUAUACCACCUCCUUGUUCUCUGCUUCACCUAUGCAUCUGUAAUGGUGAAACCGUGUCAUCUGACAACCAACUGACAAUCUCUUUUUGCUGUCGUCUUUGUGUGCUUUGACAUGCACUGCAUCAAGAUACAUUAACCUUAGUGCUCACUUUAUCUAAGUCAUUGAUAGAAUUUUUGUACGACACAAACCUGUGAUGCACUCUACCUGCGUACCUAGUUUAGAAAAACAACAACCUGCAUGAUACAGAAUAGAUGUUGGAGCCAUUUGGUAGAGAUGGUAGAGACCUUCCUUCCUUUCUUGAGAGUCAAUACAUGCUGUUUUUGUCAUCAAGCAAUGACUAAUCUGUAGUUGUUGCGGUGGGAACUUCACACAGAUCUGGGUUUUCGUGUUAAGUGCACAUGAACGGGAAGGAGUGUUGGUGCAGAGCUCCACAGAUACUGAAGUUACUGAAACAGAUCUCUGUGAAAGAUUUAUUAAGAAAAAAAAUGCACAGAGGUGAAGCAAGGAGAAAUGUGAUAUCCGAGAAGCAGUUCGAGUUUUGCAGUGUCCUCGCUCUGAUGGGAUGCGGCAGCAAAAAUCAAUGAUAAAGACUCACACACUUGGAAGUCAGCCAAGCAGUGCUGUCCAGUAUUUACUGACCCACUUAUGAAAUCUUUUUCCCAUUAGUCAUUUGUCCUGGAUGUGCAAAACUGAUUCAUGAAGCCAAACGUGGCUGGUUAACUUGAGUUUUGCAGAGUGCAAUCACACGUUCUUAGUAGCCAGCUGGCAGUAUUAAUAAAUAUAUCAUUCAGUUGAUCUUUUUUGGACUUUUGAGUUUUGUUACAAUGAUAACCGAGACACUUGAUAGCCUUUAUUUUCCUUUUAAAAGUCAUUCUCUGGAGAAUGGUAACCAAACUUGAUCCGUAUCUCUGAAGGGAACAGUUCACCUAAAAAAUGUAAUUCUGCAUUACUUUAGUUAACCCGAAACCCUCAGUUUCACAAAAUGAGACAUUCAAAGACUUUAAACAUCUCUUUUCUAACACUUAUAUGGCAAAUAAGUUUGUAAAUGACAGAAGUUUCAUUUUGGGGUGAACUAUUUGAAAUUAGGUCUUAUGUGCCUUUCCCUUUUAUUUAUUCAUUUGUUUAUGGAGGAAACAGACAUUUUUAUUAGAAAUGAUCGAUGGAAUUUUAUAUGAGCUUACUGUUUAGUAUUAAGAUUGUUGUUGUUGGAAAUGUGAUGAUCAACUCAAGUUGGCCCCCUGCUGGUGGUGCUUGUGUAGUGCAAUCAUUUGUGUGUUGUGGCUAUUGCUUACAUUUUUGUAAGGAAGGUUUACAAACUGAAUCUGUGUGUGGGGGGUAUUUGAACUAAUGCAAUGGGGAUUUUGACAGCCGGGGAAUGUGCUAAAAUGUAGACUGUUUGAUGCUGUUGUCGGUUAGAAAUAAAUGGUACAAAGCAGCACUUGUACAGGAUAGUGUAGUGCAGUGGUGUUAUGUAUAGUCACCAGCUUUACAGCUUCUCCUGCCAGAUUAGACAACAUCUAUGUCAUGAUAUUAUUCCAUACCAGGAUUUUGAAUUACCCUGUUUAAUCCUAAAUAUGAAUAUUCUGGUUUAUGAUGGUCUAGCUGGUAAACAAGUAUAGCUGUGUUGUUCACCAGCUAAAAAACGCUGGUCAGUCUGGAUCCUUGCACUUGUCUUCUGUUCUGGUCCAGAUGCUCAGAAAAUGAGAAUUGGUGUAAACCCAAAACAUUAACUCAUUAAGGACCAAACUAUAAGGAACAGAGUAUGUUCCAGUCCUAAUGGUAUAAAAACAUUCAUACUACACACACUUGAAAUGUCCUCAUAAAAAUUAUUCAUAUUUACAUGCUACUCUAUGUGACCUUCUCCCUUUCUCAUGAAACCGCUGUUGCUGUAACUGUUUGGAUUAUCAGGCACGAUGUCCGUUGUUCACGUAUCAGUUUUUCCCACACAUGCAUUGACCCAGCGACUGUCUGGGAUGAGAUAUUUCCCUUAAUGCACUCCUGUUAGUAACUAUAGGGUCAUGGGCUUUAUAAAUAGCCCUUAUACUCUGCUGUAAUAUGUUUAGAUUAGAAAUUAAAAAAUGUGUCUUUUUAAUAUAAUGGCUCUAUAAUUGUUGUGAAACUUGUUUCAACUGUAUUUGCACAUUGAAAUUGUUCUGUUUACAUAUAAAAACACACCUUUUGGUUGGCAAAUAAAUUAUUUAAAAAAUCAGUUUUGACAAGAAUUAUCGUUGAAAUCUGAAGAUAUUGGCCUGUGUACCUGAUUUAAAUGAUUUAAAAAAGAUAUUACACUGAAUUUUAAAGUGCCUGGCUGUUUACGACAGAGUUGAGGGAUGCCUGUGGUACAUGUGGGACAGAUGAUUUUGUUCUGGGGGGUUUACGUUUUCUCGAACUGAACCCAAUCUAAUUGAGGUUAAAAGGAUGGUGACCUUUUGCAGGCUAGACAAGACACAUCACAAGACAAAUGACACAAACAAAACAUGCACUGUUGGAUGUGUGUGUGAAAGACAGAGAUCUCAGAAACAUCUUGUUAAGAUUGCUUUUCAUUUUUCAUUGCUUUUCAAAAACUUUUUUUUGUACAGCUGAGUCAAAUUAGUUUGACACUGUUUAUAGAAAAUAUUGAUAUUUGACCCUUUGUCAGUGUAGUUAAUUAAGAUCCCUCAUGUGUUCAGAUCCCUUCUCUAGUAAUGGAUUCGACACGCAGAUCUGGUGCUUCAAAAAGGCCGAAACAUACAUCAUGCAGCAGUCUUUACCUUUUCACCUACCGCCUUCUGUUUUUGAAGUUUAAUGCUGAAUGGACCUCUUAACGAAUACAACAGAAAGUAACACAAAGAUGAAACAAUACUUCAAAAAAUGUUUUCAUAUCAAUAACUUUGAUUUAAAAAUGUAAUGAGAUUUUAUUGAUGAUAAUAAUAACAGAAAUGUUUAAUAAGAAGAAUUUU